AUGACCAUGAGACACAGCUGGAUUCCAGACCCUAGCCCUCUUAGGGCCCUGCUCCUCUGUGCCCACAUCAUCUCCCACCUGGCCGGAGCCACACCUGUGCCUCAGGCCACCACAGCUGCCUCACCUGGGAUGGCAAAGGAUCCCUGCUCCUCACGGCCCCCAGCACUCCCAGCAGCUAAGCAGUGCCCAGCGUUGACAGUGACCUGGCCAGCAGUGGAAGUCUCACUGAAUGGAACGCUGACAUUGUCCUGUACUGCCUGCAGCCGUUUCCCCCACUUCAACAUCCUCUACUGGCUGGGCAACGGCUCCUUCAUCGAGCACCUCCCAGGCCGGCUGCGGGAGGGCAGCACCAGGCGAGAGUACAGGGGCAAGUGGACCCAGCUGUGGAGACCGUUGGUGCUGGAGCUGAGCCCUGCCCUGCGAGAUACCAACUUCUCCUGUGUUCUCAUGGAUCCUGGGCAGACUGUCCAGCGUCACCUUGUCCUGGCCCAGCUCUGGGCUGGGCCGAAGACAAGUGUGCCCCCUGCCACAGGAAGCCCCACCCUCCAGCCAGGCCCCUCUGCUGUACCAUCCCGACAGUGA